AUGGACGUCCUGUGUGUAUGCGGGUCCAAGUUGGGCUUUGGAGCCAGGAUCGGGUCUUACAAGUUGAAUCAGAGCAGAUUUGGUUCUAGGAUUGUUAUGGGGUUAUGGGAAAUCACCACACAUCCGGCUGGGUCUCAUGUUGAUGAUGGGGUUAACCCGACCGUGUUGUUGCCAAUCCAAACGGAUGGGACAAAUGUAGAGAUCGGGCCGCCUGUUGUUCAGGUGAAUCCGACUGAGGUUCGUGUGGACGGAUCAGGACGUCAGCUGGAACCGGAGCUGGAACUAGUUGAUGGAGCUGGACGACAACAAGAAAGGGGGUUUGAGGAGCAAGGAGAGUCCUCGCAGACUGGUCGCCAGGACGAUAAGGUAGGUGGAACAGCUGGUCAAGUGAAUCAGACUGCUGAACCGUCUAUGAGGGAGGUGCUAGAUGCCAUGAAGGCUAUGGGGACUCAGAUCUUGGCCUUGACCCAGGCAUUCACGCCUGUAAGGACAGCCAUUCCUUUGGGGAAUGACCGGACGGGUCCGAUUGCGGCAGCUCAGGCAGCUGGUCGAGGAGCUCAGCAGCAGUUGGAGGAAGUGGCUGAGGUGAUUGAAAUCGAUCCCCCAGCUAGGACAGCUAAGAGGAUGGAUUAUCUGAAGCUGCUUGAGCACAUAUCCAAGCUGGGGACUAAACACUUUGCUGGAAGUGUUGAUCCAUUAGAGGCUGACGAGUGGAGGAGCAGGCUAGUCUGUAAUUUCAGCUUAACUCGAUGCCCAGAUGACUACAAGAAGGACAUUGCAGUUCACUUCUUGGAAGGUGAUGCUCACAACUGGUGGUUGGCUCUAGACAAGCGUACCAGUGGCAGCAUUGAACGCUUCUCCGACUUUGAGGUGGAGUUCAACCACAAGUACUGCCCAGCUGAGGCAUGGGAUCGUCUAGAGGCUAAGUUCUUGGACCUGGUUCAGGGAUGCAGGACAGUAAGGGAGUAUGAAGAAGAAUUCAACCGUCUCUGGCGUUAUGUGGGUAAGGAGUUAGAGGACGAGUCAGUACAGGUUCGUCGGUUCAUAAGAGGCCUAAGGGUUGAGCUCCAAACCUACUGCUCAGUUCGCACCUUUCACACUGUGUCUGAACUGGUUGAAAGGAUGGCUAUGUUUGAGACUAACUUGACCGAGGAGGCUAAGCUGAAAAUCCGGAGUCACACGGCUCCUAGUGGUGGUAGCAAUGACCGCAAGAGGAAGAGGGAACAUGCUGACGAAGGUAAACCUUCAAGUGGUAGGCCUGAGUGUCCCAAGUGCGGCAGACAUCAUGGUGGUGAAUGCUGGAGAGCAAUGGGAGCCUGUCUCCGAUGUGGCAAGAUGGAUCACUCAGCUCGUGACUGUCCUAGACAGGAGCAAGGGGCUAGUGGUGAUACAUGGACAUGCCAUUACUGUGGAAAGAAGGGACAUCUCCGAAAGGAUUGUCCUAAGCUGUCAUCCGGGCCAAGCAAGAGCCGAGGAGAGGUUAGCAGCCGGAUCAGAACCGCGGACAGACUUCAGCACCGCGCGUCUAUGAGUUGUCCAAGGAUGAGGACAGGACCGGGCCAUUCCAAGCGAUCACUGAUUGGGUCAUAUGUAGGGACCCUAAGUAUUGGUGGUGUGGAAACACACAUACUUUUUGAUACUGGUGCUAUACAUAGCUUUGUGAGCCCAGGGAUGCUCGGAAAGGGGUUGUUCCAGUUGGGAACGGGGGAUUGUCCUGGGGUAGUGAACGCGGCCGGUUGGCAAGUUUUGAGUACACUAGGAGUGAUUCGGGACAUCCCAGUGGUGAUCCCAGACAGGGUCAUGCCUGUGGAUCUUGUGGUGAUAUUAGGUAUGGACUGGCUUGGAAAGAACCAGGCCACUCUUGACUAUCACCGGGGGCGAGUGCAGUUUGAGGGUGGGAUUGGAUCUCCGGUCAGGUUCCAAGGUAUACGUCCGAUCUCUGGAUGCUUGGUGGUGUCAGCAAUCCAUGUUGAAAAGAUGCUGAGGAAGGGUUGUGAAGCUUAUCUAGCCACAAUCGCCACUAACGAGGUCGUCGUGGGUGGUGACCCGGAGGGAAUACCCCUGGUCCGAGAGUUCCACGAUGUGUUUAGGUCACUACAGGGCAUUCCCCCUGAUAGGUCGGACCCAUUCAUAAUAGAACUGGAACCAGGGACGGCCCCGUUAUCCAAAAGUCCCUACAGAAUGGCUCCUGCCGAGAUGUUCGAGCUUAAGAAGCAACUGGAGGAGUUGCUGGAUAAGGGUUUUAUAAGACCUAGUGUGUCACCUUGGGGAGCACCGGUUCUUUUUGUCAAAAUGAAAUAUGGUAGCUUCAGGUUGUGCAUUGACUAUCGAGGGUUGAACCGGGUUACCGUGAAGAACAAAUACCCAUUGCCUCGGAUAGAUGAGUUAUUGGAUCAGCUCAAGGGUGCAAAGUGGUUCUCUAAGAUCGAUUUGGCUUCAGGGUAUCAUCAGAUCCCUAUUGAACCAAAUGAUGUUAGAAAGACAGCAUUCCGAACAAGGUACGGUCACUGCGAAUUUGUGGUCAUGCCAUUCGGACUAACCAAUUCACCAGCAGCCUUUAUGAAGAUGAUGAAUGGUAUCUUUCGAGAUUUCUUGGAUGAAUUUGCAAUCAUCUUCAUAGAUGACAUAUUAGUAAAUUCCAAGAGCAAGGAAGACCAUGAAAGGCAUUUAAGGGCUGUGCUAGGACGGUUGAGGGAACAACAGCUCUUUGCCAAGUUGAGCAAGUGCAGUUUUUGGCAAAGGAGUUUUGGGUUCCCUGGACACAUCGUGUCCGAUCAAGGAGUCUCGGUUGAACAAGAGAAGAUCAAGGCCAUACAGGAAUGGCCACGACCUAAGAGUGUCACGGAGGUCAGGAGUUUCCUAGGGCUGGCCGGUUACUACAGGAAGUAUGUCAAAGGGUUUGCCAGCUUGGCCCAACCGAUGAAACAACUAACUGGAAAAGAUGUGAGAUUUGUAUGGUCUGAAGGAUAUGAGAAGUGUUUCUCUGCCUUGAAGAAUAUGUUGACGAAUGCACCCGUUCUAGUGCUACCAGAGGUUGACCAACCUUAUGUGGUAUACACAGACGCAUCCAUCGCUGGAUUAGGAUGUGUAUUGACCCAACACAGAAAGGUCAUUGCCUAUGCCUCUAGGCAAUUGAGGAAGCACGAGGGUAACUACCCAACCCACGACCUGGAGAUGGCCGCAGUGGUGUUUGCCCUCAAGAUAUGGCGGUCAUACUUGUAUGGUGCCAAGGUUCAGAUUUUAACCGACCACAAAAGCCUCAAGUAUAUAUUCACUCAACCUGAGUUGAAUUUGAGACAAAGAAGAUGGAUGGAGUUUGUGGCCGACUGUGAUCUUGACAUAGCAUACCAUCCAGGUAAAGCAAACCUGGUGGCCGAUGCAUUGAGCCACAGAAGAGCUGAAGUAUCGGCUGAGAAAGAGGCGGACAUGUUGGAAGGGAUGGUCAGAUCGUUGCACCUAAAUACCUUGGUCAGCGAGGACGAACCUUUGGGUUUGGAAGCAGUGAACCAGGCCGAUCUUCUGACCAGGAUUAGACAAGCUCAGGUCUUGGACGAGGACCUUCAAGGGGUUGCUCGGAACGAGAAGACGGAGUAUCAGACGGCUCAAGAUGGAACGAUCUUGGUCCAUGGAAGGAUUAGCGUCCCAAACGUGCGGGGACUUAAGGAAGAGAUUAUGAUUCAGUAUCAUAAGUCUAAGAUCUUCGUGCAUCCCGAACUGAACAAGAUGUAUAAAGACAUCAAGAGGUAUUACCAUUGGGUUCGCAUGAAGACUGAUGUGGCCGAGUGGGUGGCUAAGUGUCCUACUUGCCAACUCGUCAAGGCUGAGCAUCAAGUACCUAGUGGGAUACUUCAGAACUUACAUAUUCCAUAAUGGAAGUGGGAUCACAUAACCAUGGACUUCGUGUCCGGAUUUCCCACGACCAGGAACAGGAAGGAUUCAGUUUGGGUAGUGGUGGAUCGUUUGACCAAAUCAGCUCAUUUCAUACCAAUCAAGAAGACUGAUGGUGUGGAGCCUUUGGUGCAGAUCUACAUGGAUGAAAUAGUACGCCUGCAUGGAGUGCCGGCCAGUAUUGUUUCCGACAGAGACCCACGGUUCAGUUCUUACUUCUGGAAGGCUUUCCAAAAGGCCUUAGGAACCAGGGUGAACAUGAGUACAGCUUAUCAUCCGCAGACAGAUGGUCAGUCAGAAAGAACCAUCCAGACGUUGGAGGAUAUGUUGGGAGCAUGUGUUUUGGACUGGGGUAACUCCUGGGAAAAACAUUUGCCGUUGGUGGAGUUUUCUUACAACAACAGCUUCCACACGAGCAUUGGGAUGUCGCCUUAUGAAGCCUUGUAUGGACGACCUUGCAGGACACCGUUAUGCUGAACCCAAGUGGUGGAGCGCAGCAUGAUAGGACCUGAGAUAGUGGAAGAGACCACAGAGAAGAUUAAGUUCAUAAGGGACAAGAUGAAAGAAGCACAAGAUCGCCACAAGUCCUAUGCAGACAGAAGGAGGAAACAUGUGGAGUUUGAGGUGAAUGACAUGGUUUAUCUCAAAAUGAUCACUUUCAGAGAUCGGAAAAGGGUGUCUGGCCGAAGGAAGCUAGAUCCGAGGUACUUGGGUCCUUUCCGGAUUAUAGAACGAGUUGGAGCGGUGGCUUACAAGCUGAACCUACCAACAGAAAUGGAAGCAUUUCACAAUGUGUUCCAUGUGUCUCAGUUAAGGAAAUGUCUUUCAGAUUAGGACAUUAUCAUUCCAGAGAUUCCAUCCGAUCUAGGCACAAACCACACCUUAGAAACAAGGCCAGUUCGGGUUGUAGACAGAAUGGAGAAAGCACUGAGACGUAAGACCAUAGAGAUGGUCAAGGUGAUUUGGGAUUGCAGUGGACAAGAGCAAGUCACUUGGGAGACCGAGGCAAGAAUGAAGGCUGAAUUUCCGGAAUGGUAUCAACAGUUCUCCAUGGAAGGUCUAGGGUCGGAUUCGAGGACCAAUCCAUAUCAAGGGAGACUUGUCAUGUCCCUGAUUCUAGAUAGUGCCUUCGGGCACAGCCAUGGUGCAAGGAGAUGCACCAGUCAGGUCACACGACCCAAAGACAAGCGUAUCAUGGCUGUACAAGGAUGGUUAAGUGCAUCAGUAGGCUGAGACUUAACCAGAACCUGAUAAGACAAGGGGAACGGAGCUGGACGAGUUCUAAGGCAGCUCGGCCAAGCUGGGAAGUAGCUCUACCAGCUGGAUCAAGUCCUGGACAGCUCAUUUCAGCUCACACUAGCUUAGGUCAGCUCCAAUAGCUAGACUACUAGCUCACCCAGCUGGAGCAGCUAGCAAUCAGCUCACCUCAGCUCAGUGAAGUGUUAGAGUCUUGGCCAUGUGGCCGGGUCACAGGUCAUACCAGGCCGUGGGGGAGGCUUGAGGGGCCAAGGAGAGUCCGAUGGGUUUGAGGAUUGGACAAAGAAUCCAGGAAGGAUGGGCAAGUACGGUGGGCUCAGGUUCGAACAGCCCAACAGGGAAAAGGGGCAGUUAUGCCGAAAAGGUGGGAAUGGCACAAAUGGUACCCAUUCGGCCAUCAGGUGGUGCCUGUUCGGCCAGGCAGUUAUUGGCCUGUCUCUUUCUAUAUAUACAGACCCUAGGGACCGAGAUUUGCCACAAUUUUCCUAAGGAAAAGCUCUGCCCAAAUCGUGAGAGAAAGAAAGAGAGAAAGAAGAAGAAGUGAUCGGCCAAAGCCUUGGCCGAGUGUGUUGGUGACUGAUUCAAUCUGAGGGUUGGUCUGAGGAAGUUGAGAUUGGCUGAUGAUGAGUAACAGAGGCAUGGAGAGGGGCUUGAGCACUCCUGAACGCACGCCCAAGGUGAGUAGGAUGGACUAAACCUUCCUGCCAUGGCCGCGGUGGAAUUCCGUGUGGGUUGUGGCCGGAAUGGUGAAGCCAGACCUAUCUCUUUUCAUUAUCAUUCUAUUCCAUCUCUGUUUCAUCUCUAUUCUGUAUGGGGCUGAUGAUUCGAAGUCAGAGGGAUGAGAUCAAGGCCUUGACCGGUCCAGGAACCUAGUCCUUGACCUGUCCAGGAACCUAGUCCUUGGAUGUUGGCCGGUUUGGCUGAUCAGGGUCGAGAUCUAUACGAUCGAGGCCGGUUCUAUAAGAUCUGAUUGUGGAUUCUUCUUAGUGGGGAUUUAUCAUGAAUUAUCAUGGGUUCGAACUAAUUUUAUCAGAUGAAUUUAGAGGUGGUCAGUUUGGCUGGUUUGGCUGGUUAUGGCCGAAAUCUAGGAGGCCGGGACCGAUUCUGGUGGUUCUGACUCGACCAUUCUCUUAGUUAGGAUUUAUCUUGAAUUAUCAUGAAGUCAGAUUAAUUUUUGGGAAUUUAUUUGAGGAGGUCAGAUUUGGGAUUAAGAUAUGGCCGGUUCAGAUUGAUUGAGACAAUGGGUGAGGUCUCUCUUGAUUGGUCUGGCCGUGUGUUAACUGGGUGUUCUGGGAAACCUAGGUGAUGUUCUGGGUAUGUCCGUGUGCCUUGUGGGUUGAAUGGUUAGUUAGGGAACAUAGAAUAAGUGAACCGAACCAUGCAAUGCUAGAUAUGAUUGUUUAGGAAGUUUUGAUGACCAAAACGGACACGGAUGAACCUUUGGACGCCACUAUGGCUCGCUUUCUUUCAGGCCUCAACCGUGACAUCCAAGAUCGUAUGGAGCUUCAAGAGUAUGGAAGUGUGGAACAGAUGCUACACAAAGCCAUCUUGAUCGAGCAACAACUUAAGAGAAGGAGUUUCUCAAAACCGGCCAAUACUUCUAAGCCGGCCUACUCUCCUAAACCGGCCUAUGCUCCUAAGCCAAGCUAUCAAGACAAAGGUAAGUCGCCUAUCACAUCACAUACUGCCUUUAAAACUGAUGUUUCCACUCGUGAUGACAAAGGAAAAGCAGUAGACGCCUCAAGCCGAGCAAGAGACAUUAGGUGUUUCAAAUGUCAAGGGCUAGGACAUUAUGCCAAGAACUGUCCAAACCAGCGUGUGAUGAUUCUCUUGGAGAAUGGUGAAGUUGAGUCCAAGGAUGAACAAGAAGACAAGGAGGAUCAUGGUCCUAUCUUUGAUGAGGAAUAGGAGUCCUUUGACUACCCACAUCACGGACCAUUGCUUGUUGCUAGGAAGGCUUGGGACGAUCCUAUCUUCGAUGAGACGGACGGCCACGCGAACGGCCACACGGACAACGACCUCGACCCAAUCUUUGAUCCAGAUUCUGAACCGAUCUUUGAUGAGGAAGAUAGCUUUGACUACCCAGCUCACGGACCACUACUGGUCACUAGACGUUCCUUGAGUUUUCAGCCCAAAACCAAUGAAAAGGAACAAAGGGAGAAUCUCUUUCAUUCUCGUUGUUUAAUCUCUGAAAAAGUUUGUUCUUUAAUCAUUGAUGGUGGGAGUUGUACUAAUGUUGCUACUGAUAUUCUUGUUAGGAAACUAGGUCUAGCUACUCGACCUCUUUCUCGUCCUUUCAGGUUGGAAUGGCUCAAUGAAACUGGUGAACAGUAUGUUAAGGAGCAAGUCACGAUCCCUCACACCAUUGGACGUUAUGAAGACGAGGUUGUGUGCAACGUUCUCCCCAUGGAUGCUUGUCACGUCCUGUUAGGACGUCCAUGGCAGUUUGACAAAAGGACCGUCCAUGAUGGAUACACAAACCGACACUCUUUUGACCAUAAAGGAAAGAAGAUCACGCUUGUAACUCUCUCGCCUUUGGAGGUCCAUCAAGACCAGCUCCAACUCAAAAAGAAUCGUGAACAAGAGUCCAAACCGGACAAACCUGAAUCUUCAAUCCGGAACUCCAACUUCUUUAUCAAACAAAGUCAGGUUAAGAAGUCUCUUUACUCUCAAAAGCCUUUUCUUCUACUCGUGUAUAAAGAAUCUCUGAUGGCUUCUACUUCUUCUAGCCUUGCACCGGAAGUUCCGAGUGAUUUGCUAGAUGUCUUGCAGGAGUUUUCUGAUGUCUUUCCAGAUGAGAACCCAAAGGGUUUGCCACCAGUGCGUGGAAUUGAACAUCAGAUUGACUUUGUUCCGGGUGCAUCUCUACCUAACCGGCCAGCUUCAGAACCAAUCCGGUGGGGACCAAGGAACUUGAGAAACAAAUUGGAGACCUUAUGGAGAAAGGUUACAUCAGGGAAAGCCUCAGUCCUUGUGCCGUACCAGUUCUACUUGUCCCAAAAAAGGAUGGAUCAUGGCGCAUGUGUGUGGACUGCCGUGCCAUCAACAACAUUACGGUAAAGUAUAGGCAUCCCAUUCCUAGAGUAGACAACAUGUUUGAUGAACUUUACGGCUCAUGUGUCUUUUCUAAGAUAGAUUUGAAAAGUGGCUAUCACCAAAUCCGAAUGAAAGAAGGUGAUGAAUGGAAAACUGCAUUUAAAACCAAGCUAGAAUUGUAUGAAUGGUUAGUCAUGCCAUUUGGUCUUACUAAUGCACCUAGCACUUUCAUACAAUUGAUGAACCAUAUCUUGAGAGCAUUCAUUGGUCAUUUUGUGGUAGUUUACUUUGAUGAUAUUCUUAUCUACAGCAAGAACAUGGCUGAACAUAAUAAACACUUGAAAUCUGUCCUUGAAGUUCUUAGAAAGGAACAUUUGUUUGCUAACCUUGGAAAGUUUUCUUUUGGCACAGAUCAUGUGGUUUUCUUAGGUUUCGUUGUAGGUGCUGAAUGACUCCGAGUGGACGAGGAAAAAAUCAAAGCCAUCCGAGACUGGCCAAUUCCAACAAACGUGAGUGAGGUAAGGAGCUUCCAUGGCCUUGCCGGAUUCUAUCGACGGUUUGUCCAAGACUUCAGUACCAUAGCGGCUCCCUUGACCGAAGUCAUUAAAAAGAAUGUUGGGUUCAAAUGGGAACAAGCUCAAGAGGAAGCUUUCCAAAUCCUAAAAGGGAAGUUGACUAACGCCCCUUUACUUGUUCUUCCUGAUUUUUCUAAAACGUUUGAGAUCGAAUGUGAUGCCUCGGGUGUUGGUAUUGGUGCAGUUUUGAUGCAGGAUAGGAAUCCCAUUGCUUAUUUCAGUGAGAAGCUUAGUGGCUCCACACUCAACUACCCAACUUAUGAUCAAGAGCUGUAUGCUCUGGUGAGAGCCCUUCAAACGUGGCAACACUAUCUUUGGCCUAAGGAAUUCGUUAUCCACACGGAUCAUCAAUCCCUGAAACACCUUAAGGGCCGACAGAAGCUGAACAAGAGGCUUGCCCGCUGGGUUGAGUUCAUUGAGACAUUUCCUUAUGUCAUCAAAUACAAGCAAGGUAAGGAAAACGUUGUGGCUGAUGCUUUGUCCCGAAGGUAUGCUCUUCUUUCAGCCCUUGAAACAAAAACUUCUUGGUUUUGAAUUUAUCAAAGACUUGUAUGCUUCUGAUCCGGAUCUUAAAGAAAUUUUCAACAAGUGUUACCGAGUGGCUUAUGGUAAAUACUAUCAGAAUUCUGGUUUUCUUUUCUAUGAUAACCGUUUGUGUGUGCCCCAAUGUUCUUUGAGGGAGUUGUUUUUCAGGGAAUCUCAUGGAGGAGGUCUUAUGGGACACUUUGGAAUCAAGAAGACAUACAAGGCCAUGUCUGAUCAUUUCUAUUGGCCUAGUUUGAUGAACGACGUUGAGAGAAUUUGUGGCCGAUGUGUGGUGUGCAAGAAGUCCAAAGCCAAAGCAUACAGUCCCAGUUUGUACUCGGCAUUACCCAUUCCUUCUCAUCCUUGGAUUGAUAUUUCUAUGGAUUUUGUUCUUGGUUUGCCUAGAACUAAGAAUGGCCGAGACUCUAUCUUUGUGGUUGUAGAUAGAUUUUCUAAAAUGGCUCACUUUAUUCCUUGCCAUAAAACUGAUGAUGCUGUACAAGUUGCUGAUCUGUUCUUUAGGGAAAUUGUGAGAUUGCAUGGAAUGCCUAAGACCAUUGUUUCUGAUCGUGAUGCUAAGUUUCUUAGUUAUUUUUGGAAAACUUUGUGGUCUAAGUUAGGAACGAUAUUGAUGUUUUCCACAACUUGUCAUCCGCAAACUGAUGGUCAAACUGAAGUUGUUAAUCGAACUUUGUCUGCUUUUCUUAGAUCUUUGGUCAAGAAAAAUCUUAAGUCUUGGGAAGAUUGCUUGCCUCAUGUUGAGUUUGCUUAUAAUCAUGCUGUGCAUUCAGCUACAAAGUUCUCUCCUUUUGAAGUUGUUUAUGGUUUUAACCCCUUAUCUCCACUUGAUCUUUUACCGUUGCCUUUGAGUGAAAGAGUUAGUACAGAUGGUAAAAGAAGGGCGGACACUAUCAAGAAGCUUCAUGAACAAGUUCGAGUCGACAUUGAAACCAAAACCGAGGGUUACAAAAGAUAUGCCAACAAGAAGCAAAAAAAGUUGGUUUGGGUUCGUUUGACGAAGGAACGAUUUCCGGAAGAAAGGAAGUCCAAACUGAUGCCUAGAGUCGACGGUCCAUUCCAGAUUCUUAGAAAGAUCAAUGAUAAUGCUUAUCAGCUUGACUUGGAAGGUAAGUAUGAUAUCUCUUCAAGUUUUAAUGUUGAUGAUCUAUCUCCUUUUCUUGCAGAUGAUCCAGAUUUGUGGACAAAUCCUUUUGAAGAGGGAGGGAAUGAUGUGCCUCAGUCCGAGGAACCCGACCAUCAGGUAGGUCAGGACAUCCCAACCAAGGUUCAUCAUCCCAGCCGAACCAGUCAGCAAGGCCGAGCUGUGUACCGGAUCGAUCCACGGAUGGACGGACAGGAGCUUAGACUGGAUCCUCGACCGUUCGACCAAACUGACCGUACCAGAUCAUCUCUCUCCCGGACAACUCGCAAUCUCAGACGGACGGUCAAGUCGUACAAGGAACUGGACGCGACUUCUCUCUUCUCGCCCGUUUGGAACGUACCGACCGUAUUGACGAACUGAUCAAUCCAUUUGAUCAGUUCAUGCACUUUGAUCAUCCGAAUCUCUCUAAGGCACAUAUUAUUCAUCUUUCAGAAGACUUCGGACGAUUAUGGUCGAAGAUGGUUCAGGAAACGGACAAGUCA